AUGUUUUUAAAAAAACUGUGCAGUAGCAAUUUUUUCAGGAAUUCAAGAAGAUCCUUUUCGUUAGUGACAAAGAAGGCUUAUAAUUUCACAGCUCAAGGAUUAAAUAAAAAUAAUGAAAUAAUAAAUGUUGACCUUUCCUCUUUUAUAGGUCAGAAAUACUGUUGUUUGUUAUUCUAUCCAUUAAACUAUACCUUCGUAUGUCCAACAGAAAUAAUUGAAUUUAAUAAACAUAUUAAAGAUUUUGAAAAUAAAAAUGUAGAGUUAUUAGGUAUAUCUGUAGAUUCUGUAUAUAGCCAUUUAGCAUGGAAAAAUAUGCCUAUUGAAAAAGGAGGAAUAGGAAAUGUUGAAUUUACUUUAGUAUCAGAUAUAAAUAAAGAGAUUUCUAAAAAUUAUAAUGUACUUUAUGAUAAUGCUUUUGCUUUAAGAGGAUUAUUUAUUAUAGAUAAAAAUGGAUGUGUAAGACAUCAAACCGUUAAUGAUUUACCAAUAGGAAGAAAUGUACAGGAGGUUUUAAGAACUAUAGAUUCAAUUAUUCAUGUAGAUACAAGUGGAGAAGUUUGUCCAAUAAACUGGAAAAAGGGACAAAAAGCUUUCAAACCAACUACUGAAUCGUUAAUAGAUUAUAUGAAUCAUGUAAAUAAAAAUGUAUAA